CGUACACGCGUGUUUCUUUCAGCUCCGGUGGGAUCGAACCUGUGCGGCCCCGUGACGCGUGUCGUGAGGAUAGAGUCUGUCCCGGUGACUGGAGAGAAGCUAACCGGGCAGCUACCGUGGCUAGCCGUUAGCCCGCUGUCCAGAGCCGUCCUCCGUUGCUUCUUGUAUGGGUGAGUGAACGUCAGCCAUGAGUGCGGAGCCGGACGCCCUGGCCGUGGUCAACCAGCUGAGGGACCUGGCCGCGGACCCCAUGAACCGCAGGGCCAUCGUCCAGGACCAGGGCUGCCUGCCCGGACUCAUCCUGUUCCUGGACAACCCCAACCCCCAGGUGGUCUACUCAGCCCUCCUGGCCAUCCGGUACCUGGCAGAAUGCCGACCCAACCAGGAGAAGCUGAAGGGGGGGCUGGGGAUGAUGCUGAGCCUCCAGAACGUCAUGCAGAAGUCCACGACCCCUGGGGAGACCAAGCUGCUGGCGUCUGAGAUCUACGAGCUCCUGCAGGCGUCCAGCAGCAACGACUCCGGGCCGGCGGAGGAGGCCGUCAGCAGCCGCCGUAAAGCCCAGUUCUUCAUGGGCGCCAGUAACAAGAGAGCCAAGACUGUCAUCCUCCACAUCGACGGACUGGACGACUAUAGUCGGAGGAGUCUGUGUGAGGAGGCUCUGCUGAAGAUCAGAGGAGUCAUCAGCUUCACCUUCCAGAUGACCGUGAAGAGAUGCAUCGUCCGAAUCCGAUCAGACCUGAAGGCCGAGGCUCUGGCGUCUGCAAUCGCCUCCACUCAGGUGAUGAAGGCUCAGCAGGUGGUGAAAGCAGAGAACGGAGACGAGGUUUUGAUCCCGUUGGCGGAGGACGGUUCGAUGGAGAUGGAGCAGAACGUGAACCUGCCGGACUACCUGCCGGAGGACGAGAGUCCAUCUCAGGAGCCCGACAAGGCAGUGAGCCGAGUGGGAUCCGGACAGGACGGGAACAGCUGGCUGGGUGCUGCCACCAACUUUCUUUCCCGCUCUUUCUACUGGUGACCCUGCGGGAACGCCUCCCCCGUCCGUUAAACCUCCCGCCUUGUCUAAGAACCAAAAUCUACCAGCUGCCAAAUUUCAGCGCUGUCCGUCUCAGCUGGGGAGACAAAAGCUGAGACAGAUCCUCUGACAGUGAGUGUAGAAACGGAACCGUGCAGCACUUUAAUGUGUGAUGAAAAGACGCCGCUGUUAAAAAAAAAAAAUAGGAUUGUGGUUUUAGUUUGAGGUUUCUGUGAGACCACGUUCUCUCUGUAAACGGGUCUAUCUGUUUUAAACCAUGUUGUCUUAACAGACAGGAAGUGUCCUGCAGCGACAUGAACGAGGACUGAACAGGACGUCCCUCCCUUCCUUCAGCCUCUUUAUCAUUAUUUAUUAUUUGAUUAUUUAUUUGACCAGCAGACUGAGCUGCAGCUUGACGUGUUGAAGGAGCAGUCAGAGUUGAGUCAGCGGUGCCUUUACUAUUCAGUAUUCUCAUCGUUCACUCAAAGACUUCUGUUUAGAAAAGGUGUGUUCUUCAUUACAUUGUUUUAUGGCCUCAGUCAGUGGAAACGAGUAGAACAAACCUUAAUGUCCUCUUCUUUUUCCACUGUUUUGGAGCAGCUGAUUUUUAUUCAACAGUGACUUCACAUAUGCUUUAAGUGUCCUGGUUCAACAAGUGGACGUCUCUCCAGGUGACGUGGUGACAACAUGAAGGGCUGUAGGUGAAAUGCUGUAGCUUCAGCUAACCGCUAACUCGUUACCUGUUAGCUGCAGCUAACCGCUAACUCGUUACCCGUUAGCUGCAGCUAACCGCUAACUAGUUACCCAUUAGAUGCAGCUAACCGCUAACUAGUUACCCGUUAGCUGCAGCUAACCGCUAACUCGUUGACCGUUAGAUGCAGUUAACCGCUAACUCGUUGACCGUUAGAUGCAGUUAACCACUAACUCGUUGACCGUUAGAUGCAGUUAACUGCUAACCCUUACCUGAGCUCCCAGACCUGCUCUCUCUUUACUCCCCACUGUUCUCUUUACAUCCUGCUGCCAUUUGUUUAAGAAGAAGUCAUUGAGGAGGGAAGCUCAAAGCUGAGCUCGGUCACUAACGGCUCAAUAAGUCCACAUGUUUAAAUCAGAGGACAGGAGGUUAAAUUAAAGUGAACGGUGAAACAUCUUCCUCUAUUGGAGACUCUCUGGCUGUGUUCAAAUAGUGUCUGUCUCUUUUGAAAGGUCAAUAAGAUAAAAGGACUCCGACAAUCAGUUCAUUCAAAGGUCACGACGGUUUGAUAUUGGUCAAAGUUCACCAAAUUGGGACCAAAUGUGGAUUAUUCGUGCAGAUUGCAGAGGUUUUACGUCCUCAUGCUGAUCAUGUGAUCCUAUGGCUGUGAUGACUUCAGUUCAUUUGAGAAUUAGGUCACAGGUGUGAUUCCGCGUUACUCUCAGACUGAUGACACAACGGUCAGAGGUCGUGAGCUCUCAGGACCUGGUUGUCCCGUAUGAAUGUCUUUACACUGAACCAACAUGGUGGUGUUUUUGUUUUUGUAUUGUUGAUGUCAGAAGGUGGAGGGCUGAGGUUCUGUGAGCGUUUUGCACAGUUUAUUGUGAGGUUUUUAAAUAGGGUAGAAAUUAAAAGAUCAUGUUCGAGGAACAUUCUCAAGCUUUUCAGCUUUAUACCAAACUGAACAGAUGACGGUCUGAACAGCCCUCUGACCUUCAGGACUAUUUAUUAUGAAACUAUUUAUUUCCAUUUUCUUGAAGCAUGUUGGUGAUAAUUAUUUAUUUUUUUGAUGCCUUCUUAAAGAAAAAAGAAACUGGUUGAUGGUUAUUUAAUUCACAGGAGAAGAAACUCAUCAUGUGAAACUCACAUGAUGAGUUUCUUCUUAUAAUUUUAUUUUUAUUGCAGCAGUGUUUCCUCUGAUGAGGUCAGAAUGACCUUUUAUGACCUUUUAAUGUCUGUACAGAUUUCUACUCUCCUGAUAUGAUGCUGUUGUUUGUCCUCCCGUGAGUUCAUGUAACAGGUGUGCUCAUAGCUCCGCCUACACCACACACUGUCCAAUCACAUUCUAGUAGCCUGUUGUCAGAUGUUUGCAUGACAUUGUAAUCUAGAUUCAGUAUUGGCCCGAAUAUAAGACGACUCUGAUUGUUGCUACUGAUUUUCUUUGAACAGGAACAACGAGAUUGAACCAUAUUUAAAGGUCCAGUUUUCUUUGUUUGUAACUGUAGGAUUCAUAGAACUAUAUUUACAUAUGUAACUGUAGGAUUCAUAGAACGAUAGUUACAUAUGUAACUGUAGGAUUCAUAGAACGAUAGUUACAUAUGUAACUGUAGGAUUCAUAGAACGAUAGUUACAUAUGUUACUGUAGGAUUCAUAGAACUAUAGUUACAUAUGUAACUAGGAUUCAUAGAACUAUAGUUACAUAUGUAGCUGUGGGAUUCAUAGAACUAUAGUUACAUAUGUAACUGUAGGUUUCAUAGAACUAUAGUUACAUGUGUAACUGUAGGAUUCAUAGAACUAUGGUUACAUAUGUUACUGUAGGAUCCAUAGAACUAUAGUUACAUGUGUAACUGUAUUAAAGUUUAGAACAUAAAACCACUCCCAGACUUUCAGCUAUAAACUGUAAAUCCGGGUCGUUUUAUAUUCGGGUCGCUAUGGUAACUGUUUGUCAUUUUGAGCUGUUACAUUAUUGAAAGUCAUAUUAUUUAAUCAAUGAAUCACAUCCUGAACUGAACUCAGGUUUUAUUUAAGAGGAGUCAUUUUUAAGUUUUCUUUUUAUUAAUAUUAUUAUUAUUUAAUUUAAUCCCUGAAGCCUACCAUCUUCAUCUUCAUCAUCAUCAUCAUCAGUGUGCUGCUGUCCAACGGUCUGCUGUUAUGAGUCCUAAAAGUUUGUUGAGAUAAUAAAAACUGUCAUGAAUGUU